AUGCACACUAUAACGUACUUAUGUCCUUAUGUUACAGCGUUCCGUCGACUGGUCUACCUACAGAAACAUGAGAAACGUCAGUAUCAAAAAACAGCACAUGUGAACGGAGUUUUUUUGAAGGACCACCAUUUGGAAAUUCGACAUGUUGAUGGAAUGUUGUUGGAAAAAGAAGAGUCUGGCAUCAUCAAGAAUGACUCCUUGGAGGAAGGAGAGCUACAGGAAAGUCAGGCUACACCUUUAGGAUACUUGCCGAUAAAAUCGGUUUACAAGAGCAAAGAAGAUUGGGCAGUGCUAGAAACCACCGCAUCAGAGCUUAAUAGCAAUGUUAAAGGUUCGAUGAUGAGCAACUCUGCACAAGCGAAUUCACCGAAUAACGUAAAGAAAAGUGACUCUUUAGAGGAUGGGGAGAUCCGAGAGUUUGCAGUUCGGGCAAAUGACAAUAUGUCUCCGUCUGUUAAGAAUUUGAAAGAAACACCUGUUGUGAUGAAGGAAGAACGACAAAGUAAACGAAUUCCAAGAAAGACCAUAAGAUUUGAACCUCGUGAAGAAGCUGUUGCGCCGACGAAGACGAGACGUUCUCGUUGCCUAGUUGCCAGCGUAUCUGCUUCUUCUAAGAAGCAGCACUUAAGAAAUAUUGAAGCACGUCCAGCAAAGAAGUCAUAG